CGCGGCUGGAGCUGGAGAGCGGUGGGCGCUGCGCGCGCUGGGGCCCGGCGCGUGCUUUCUCCUAACGCGAAGCAAAGGCGCUGCGAGCUCGGCCGGGAGCGCCUGCGCCAUGGGCGUGCAGGGGCUGUGGAAGCUGCUGGAGUGCUCAGGCCGCCGGGUCAGCCCGGAGGCGCUGGAGGGCAAGGUGCUGGCCGUGGAUAUUAGCAUUUGGCUAAACCAAGCACUAAAAGGAGUCCGAGAUAACCAUGGGAAUGUGAUAGAAAAUGCUCAUCUUCUCACAUUAUUCCACCGGCUCUGCAAACUCUUGUUUUUUCGUAUUCGCCCUAUUUUUGUAUUUGAUGGUGAUGCUCCACUGCUAAAGAAACAGACCUUGGCAAAGAGAAGGCAGAAGAAGGAUUCUGCAUCCAUUGACUCAAGAAAAACCACAGAGAAACUUCUGAAAACCUUUUUGAAGAGACAGGCUCUGAAAACUGCCUUAAGAAGCGCAAGAAAUGAAGCGCUACCCAGUCUUACUCAGGUUCAAAGACAGGAUGACAUCUAUGUUUUGCCACCUUUACAAGAAGAAGAAAAACAUAGUUCGGAAGAGGAAGAUGAAAAGCAGUGGCAAGCAAGAAUGGAUCAAAAGCAAGCUUUGCAGGAAGAAUUCUUUCAUAAUCCUCAUGCCAUAGAUAUCGAGUCUGAGGACUUCAGCAGCCUGCCUCCUGAAGUAAAGCAUGAGAUCCUGACUGACAUGAAACAGUUUACCAAGCGAAGACGAACAUUGUUUGAAGCAAUGCCAGAGGAGUCUAAUGACUUUUCACAGUAUCAGCUGAAAGGCUUGCUUAAGAAAAACUACCUAAACCAGCACAUAGAAAAUGUCCAAAAGGAAAUGAACCAGCAGCAUUCAGGACAAAUCCAGAGACAAUAUCAAGAUGAAGGAGGCUUUCUGAAGGAAGUGGAGUCCAGGAGAGUGGUCUCUGAAGACACCUCUCAUUACAUCUUGAUAAAAGGUAUUCAAGGUAACAAAGUCAUGGAUGUGGAUUCAGAAUCUCUUCCUUCUUCCAGCAAAGUACCCAGUGUGCCUUUCAACUUGAAGUCAUCACCCCAUGAGAACGUGAAGCCAAAGAGAGAGCCAGAGGCCACGCCUCCUUCUCCAAGGACUUUACUGGCUAUUCAGGCAGCCAUGCUGGGAAGUAGCUCAGAAGAGGAGCCAGAGACUGGGGAGGGAAGGCAGUCUAAGGAGAGGAACGCAUGGGCCACUGCAGAUGCAGGAUCCAUAUCACCACAGACCCGUGCAGCUAUUCAGAAAGCUCUGGAUGAUGAUGAAGAUGAGAAAGUGUAUGCCAGCAGUGAUGAUCUAGCAGUGAAAAUGCUGCUUGGACAUGAUCUGGACCAGGAGCAUGUUGAUGAAAUGGUAGUAAGAGAUGGAGGCAUGCCAUUUGAUACAGCACCUCUCUUACCCAGUGUAACUGAGGUAAAGGAGUGUGUAACCAGCGCCAGCAGCGAAAAAGAACAGACAGCCUCAGCUCAGUCAUUUAGUACUGCUUGUCAUCAAUGUGAUACUCCAAAAGAAACAAUGCCUCUUGCUCAUGUGGUGAAUGAAGCAUCUCAGAUAAGUAGUGAAUGUGAGGUCGAGGGUAGGCCAGCUGCCCUUGUGGUGAAUGAAGCAUCUCAGAUAAGUAGUGAAUGUGAGGUCGAGGGUAGGCCAGCUGCCCUUUCGUCAGCAUUCAUAGAGACUCCAUGCAGUUAUGCCUCUGGAGUCCUCAGUGAAAGGGAACCGACCCAGGCUCCUCCGAUAAGAACACAUUCUGAUCAGAGGAUAGGCAUACACCCUGAAGAACCUGAGAGCAAGUGUAAUUCCUCUCGUCUUUCAAGUGACGAUGAAACAGAAGGUGGACAAAAUCCUGCUUCCAAAGCAUGUAGUACAGUUCAUAUCCCUUCAGAGGCAAUGGGUAACUUAGAAAAUGUGUUGUCUUCUAAUGCUGAAGAACAUGGAGAUUUCCAGAAAACAGUCCAGCUAUGGGAGAUGCCUGAAGCUGCUGCCAGGGAGCUGAUUUCAGCCCAAAAGCCCAUGGGACCAGUGGAGAUGGAGUCUGAAGAAAGCGAGUCUGAUGGAAGUUUCAUUGAAGUGCAGAGUGUGGUCAGCAAUGGUGAACUUGAAACAGAGUCAUCAGAGGAUUCUAAACAUCUCUCUGAAAAAGAGGCAGACGAACCAAGAGAAACCCUGGAGAAAGGAACGUCCAGGGACACAGAUUGCCUGCUACAGGACAGCUCUGACUUUGAUGCAAUGGAAGGACACAGAAAAGCUGACAGAGAUGCUGAGGAAUUUGACAACGAAUGGCAAGAUGUUGAUUUGGAGGAACUGGAUGCCCUGGAAAGUAAACUCUUAGCAGAACAGAAUUCACUGAAAGCUCAAAAACAGCAGCAAGAUCGGAUUGCUGCCUCUGUAACAGGCCAGAUGUUUCUGGAAAGCCAGGAACUCCUGCGUCUGUUUGGCAUUCCCUUCAUCCAGGCUCCCAUGGAAGCAGAGGCACAGUGUGCCAUUCUGGACCUCACUGAUCAGACUUCCGGAACCAUUACUGAUGAUAGUGAUAUCUGGCUCUUUGGGGCCCGGCAUGUCUAUAAGAAUUUUUUUAAAAAAGACAAGUUUGUGGAGUACUAUCAAUAUGUGGACUUUUACAGCCAAUUAGGAUUGGACCGUAACAAAUUAAUCAACUUGGCUUAUCUACUGGGCAGUGAUUAUACGGAAGGGAUUCCAACUGUUGGCUGUGUAACAGCCAUGGAGAUUCUCAAUGAAUUCCCUGGACGAGGCCUGGAUCCACUCCUAAAAUUCUCAGAGUGGUGGCACGAAGCUCAAAAUAACAAGAAGGUCGCAGGAAAUCCCUAUGACACCAAAGUGAAAAAAAAAUUGCGGAAGUUGCAGCUGACACCUGGUUUCCCCAACCCGGCAGUUGCAGACGCUUACCUCAGGCCUGUCGUGGAUGACUCCAGGGGCUCAUUCCUGUGGGGCAAGCCUGAUGUUGAGAAGAUUAGAGAAUUUUGUCAGAGGUAUUUUGGCUGGAACAGGACGAAGACAGAUGAAUCCCUGUAUCCAGUACUAAAGCACCUGAAUGCCCAGCAGACCCAGCUACGGAUUGAUUCGUUUUUUAGGCUAGCUCAUCAGGAAAAACAAGAUGGCAGACGCAUAAAGAGCCAUAGGCUGAACAGAGCAGUGACGUGCAUGCUAAGGAAAGAAAGGGAAGAGGAAGCUCCUGAGCUGAAGAACGUGACUGAGACCCUGGAUGAUGCAAAAGGAAAAACCCAGAAAAGAAGGCUUCCAUGCACAACAGAGACUUCAGUCCUCAAAAGAAGGAGGCCUUCGGGAAAUGGUGGGUUUCUAGGGGACCCCUAUUGCUCAGAAUCACCCCAGGAGUCUUCAUGUGAGGAUGAAGAAGAUUCAUCUGUGAUGAGUGCACAACAAAGAGCAGCUGAGCCAUCAGAUGUCAGCUGCUCCGCUUUACCUGUCUUAGGGGGAGAUUCUCCUCAUGGGAGGGAUGGCUGUGUGUCCACGAGUAGCUCCAGUGAGGACGGUGAAGACAAAGCCAGGACUGUCUUGGUGACUGCUAGACCUGUAUUUGAGAAGAAAAAAGGGAAAAGGAAGAGUAUGAGGAGAAGGAAAAAGAAAACCUAAUUUAAAAAAGAAAAAAAACAGUCAUUUAGAAAAAAAUGUGCUUGCAAUGACUAUGUAUUGAGAGUAUAAGAUUAAGUCUAUUUGUAUAAUCUCUGUUUUGAAUGUGUAGUUUUUACUCUCUUAAUUUCUAAGGUUUAUUAAAAUCAAAGAACAGAAAAAUUUUACAUAAAAAUA